GAAAGGGCGGGUCUAGGGGACCAGCGCCCUGGACCGCUAGGAGGCGCUGAGCCCUGCUCGCCCUGCCCGCCCCUCCUGGGCCACUUGGCCCGGUCGCCGCACCUCUGUCCCGUGUGCAAGGCGACCACCGCCGCCGCCAAUCCCAGCUGCCGGGUACCAUGCAGUGCUUGGGCGCCGAGUACCUGGUUUCUGCAGAGAAAACAAGGCAAAGAGAAUGGCGACCCCAAAUUUAUAGAAAAUGCACCGAUACACCGUGGCUAGUCUUGUUCUUUCUCUUUUGGACUGGUUUGGUGUUCAUCAUGGGUUAUUCGGUGGUGGCCGGGGCAGCAGGAAGACUCCUCUUUGGAUAUGACAGCUUUGGCAACGUGUGUGGCAAGAAGAACUCCCCAGUGGAAGGGGCCCCCCUCUCUGGGCAGGACAUGACUCUAAAAAAACACGUGUUCUUUAUGAAUGCCUGCAGUUUUGAAGUCAAAGACAGGGGCCUUGGUCCCACAUCCCUCUGUGUAUCCAGCUGUCCUGAGAAGCAGCUGGACACUCUGGAAGAGGUCCAACUUUUUGCCAACAUCAACGGCUCUUUCCUGUGUGUGUAUAGUUUGAAUUCCUUCAACUACACUCAGAGUUCAAGUGUAGGCACACUGUGUCCCAGGCUCCCGGUUCCUCCAAGCAAGCCCUUUCCCUUAUUUAACCGGUGCAUCCCUCAGACACCCGAGUGCUAUUCCUUGUUUGCAUCAGUCUUGAUAAAUGAUGCGGACGCUCUCCAUCGGAUUCUAAGUGGAAUAAUGGCAGGAAGAAACACCAUCCUCGGCCUGUGCGUCUUCACAUUCGCCCUGUCUCUGGCCAUGUUGUUCGCCUUCCGGUUCAUCUCGACCCUUCUGAUCCACAUUAUCAUCUCCUUGGUCAUUUUGGGAUUGCUGUUCGUCUGUGGUGUCUUAUGGUGGCUGUAUUAUGACUACACCAAUGACCUCAGUACAGAAUUGGACACAGAAAAGGAGAAUAUGAAGUGUAUGCUAGCCUUUGCCAUCAUCUCUACAGUCGUGACAGUCCUUCUCCUGGCCUUGAUUUUUACCCUCAGGAAGAGGAUAAAAUUGACAGUUGAGCUUCUCCACGUCACAAACAAAGCCAUCCGCAGCUGUCCUUUCCUGCUGUUCCAGCCACUGUGGACGUGUGCCAUCCUCAUUUUCUUCUGGGUCCUCUGGGUGGCUGUGCUGCUGAGCCUGGGCACUGCUGGUACUGCUCAGGUGAUGGAAGGUGGUCAAGUGGAAUAUAAGCCUCUUUUCGGCAUUCGGUAUAUGUGGUGGUACCAUUUAAUUGGCCUCAUCUGGACUAGCGAAUUCAUCCUUGCAUGCCAGCGGAUGACUGUAGCAGGAGCAAUGGUUGCUUGUUAUUUCAACAGGAAUCAAAAUGACCCUCCUGCCCGUCCAAUCCUUUCGUCUCUCUUCGUACUUUUCUGCUACCAUCAAGGAACUGCGGUGAAAGGGUCAUUUUUACUCACUGUGACAAGGAUCCCAAGAGUCAUUUUCAUGUGUAUUUAUAGCACUCUGAAAGAGCCGCAGCGCAGUGCUUGGUCAAGAGGUGAAUUCAGAUGCAGCCACUGUGGGCUUUGGUGUCUCGUUAAAUAUCUGUUCCUUCUCAACCAGGAUGCAUACACUGCAGCUGCCAUUAACGGGACAGACUUUUGUACAUCCGCAAAAGAUGCGCACACAAUCAUAGCCAAGAAUUCAAGUCAUCUCACGGCUGUUAACUGCUUUGGAAACUUUGUCAUUUUCCUGGGAAAGGUGCUGGUGGUGUGCUUCGGCGUUUUCGGGGGCCUGAUGGCGUUUAACUACAGCCGUGCGCUCCAGGUGUGGGCCAUCCCUCUGCUGCUGGUUGCCUUUUUUGCCUGCGUGGUGGCUCACAGUUUCCUAUCCGUGUUUGAAACUGCGCUGGAUAUCCUUUUCCUGUGCUUUGCUGUGGACCUGGAAACAAAUGACGGAUCGUCGGAGAAACCGUACUUUAUGGACCCAGGGUUUUUGAGUUUUAUAAAACGGACCAACAACUUUAACAACGCCAAGUCUCAAGGACACAAGGAUGCUUUACCAAAUGAAGAGGGGACAGAACUCCAGCCCAUCGUGAGAUAGGGACCAAAAGAACUUUGACUACCUGUGACACCGAGACAAAGCCUACAGCUGUUUUCACGCGAACUAGAGCACGAAAGAUGUUAAAACUGUCUAUAUGCAUCGAUUUAAAAGGCACAACAUUGGCACAGGGACACACAUCUGUAAUUCAAAACUGGAAGAGGUUAUAAGGCUAGCCUGAGCUACAUACUCAGGAGUUAAAUGCUAGCCUGAAUGCUACAUAGAGACCUCAUAUAAACAAACAAACAAGGUUAGCUCACUGGAUAAAGGUGCCAGUUGCUAACCCGAGGAACUGAAUACCCCUAGACCCACAUGGUAAAAGGAGAGAAUCAAUUCCUGUAAGUUGUCCUCAGAGCUCCACAUGUGUACUGCCCCGAGUGCACUCAGUCAGCCCCACCACCACCACCGAAAAAUAAAUAAAAAUGUAAACACCUCA